CACAAUGAUAAUGAUUGUCUCUUUCUUUACGGGCACUCUCACUGCAUUUAAGAACAUUUUCACGCCAUGCUAGAAGGCUUCAGUUCACUGUGAAACGUCUCCGAGAUGAAUCGCGACAGUUUACUAAAUAAGACUCUUAGUCCUCCUCUGUCAUCUCGAGUGCCUAUUUCUCAUUCUAAUGGUAUUUCUUACUCUAAUUCUUCGCUUUCCGGAGGUCAGAUGAAUGAGCCAAGCUGGAUACCCUCGAUUCGUGGAUCUACUCACUCGGUAUUUAUUCUAAAAUUUUUAUUUGAUGCGUUUUGUAAUGUUUGCGUUCGCGCGUCCUCCGCUUGGUCUCGAGUACUGGCGUUCGCUUUGGCGCUCGCCGGCAAUUUUCGCAGUUGAAAACUUUUUCCCCAUUCGAAAAAAUUUAAAUUGAUAAUUUUUCUUUCUUGUUAUAGCUGUCUUUCCCGUCAAGAUCUAACAACCUGGUAUGUGAUAAAUAAAAUAAAUACAACUUGAUCGAAUUCAUUUCCGUUAGUCAAUAUUACACUUGGGUGCUCAAACAUCGUUUCUGCCUUCCUCUUUGCAGAUUCCUCCAAGUGUGUUUGAUGGGUUUGACGACUCUCACUUACUCACUGCCUCGCAGCUCGAACCGAUGCCGAAAUAUCUCUCGACGAAGCAGAACAAACCGUCUGGAUUUACGAGCUUGCACAGCUAUCACUCCACGCACGGGCAUGAUACGAGCACGUAUGAUGCCCACGAUAUUCUGGAUCAAAUCUCGGCUUCGCUCCAACCAACAGUAAGUGAGUCAGCGUUUGAUAAACCGUUCGAAACGCCGUCUCCAGUCACCGCCACGCCUGUCCACUCUUUACACUCCGCUAUCCACUCUGCUAUUAGCGUCGCGGCCAGUAGCGACGAUGUAAUGAAUCCGCGAGAGCUAGAGUGGUUCGCAGAACGCUUUAAACAAAGAAGAAUCAAGCUCGGAGUCACUCAAGCGGACGUGGGAGCUGCGUUAGCUCAUUUGAAAAUCCCCGGCGUAGGAUCGUUGAGCCAGUCCACGAUUUGUAGAUUUGAGUCGCUUACACUAAGCCACAAUAACAUGAUGGCUUUGAAACCCGUGUUGACGGCGUGGCUAGAAGAGGCUGAAAAAGCGUACAAAUGCAAGAACACAACCAGCCAAUUCCUUCCUAAUUCGGAUAAAAAGAGAAAGCGAACAUCGAUUGGAGCUGCGGAGAAGCGUUCGCUGGAGGCCUACUUCGCGAUGAAUCCAAGACCUUCAAGCGACAAGAUAGCGUCGAUUGCAGAAAAACUAGACCUUUCAAAAAAUGUCGUGCGUGUUUGGUUCUGUAACCAGCGACAAAAGAAGAAAAGAAUGAAAUUCUCCGUUCAUUGAAAGAUGAAAUAACUUGGAGUAAAACAAAUUGAAUUUCCUUCCGAAAAUCCCGUCGGAAUCGCUCCAUGGAUCGACUUUCGUACGCGUGGAUGGCGAUACGGAGUGGUCAACAGCAAUUUUGGAGUAAAUUACAAAUGGUGAAUCUUAUUUCUAUUAUAGACUGAAAAUUUCGAGUCAAUGAACGAAGCAAGUCCUGAAUUUUAUUGCUCCUACUAUUAAGCCACUGAAGUUUAAAUAAGAAAGCCCGCCGCUACCUAAUGAACGGACGCGCUCGAAAAUGAGCGACAUAAUCCCGUUGAAAAGCGAUGCCUAUGCGAACUGUUAUGGAAGAUGUUCUGUUAUCCUCGAGAAACUUGUCGCGCACAGCUUAACAGCCCGCAGGUAAAUAAUAUUCAGUGUAUACCCUAUUAGCCUAACAACUAAAGGAAGAAAUUCCGAAGCACAAAUCACUUCCGCCGAGUAGUAAAAUUAUUCAUCGUACAUUUUGCCACAAUUUCAUCGUAGUUGCUACUAGAGUUUCGAUUUUAGGGCCGAGGAUUGAUGGUAAUAAGCCCCGAAAUCAUUUUUCCUUACACCUGUUUCAUUUUGGCAAAAUCAAUUUCCCCAUUUAUGAAAAGUUGAAUGUAUUACUUGCAAUUUAUGUAAAUUUGGAGGUUCUUUGUGAAGAAAAGCCGUUAAGACGUUAUUAGUUUAGCACAGAAUCGAAGGAACUACAGAAAAUCGUUAAAAUUAGACGAAAACAAAUAUGAAAACGUCUGUCGCUUCAAACGGUUUUUCUUCAAAUAGAACCACCACACACACAUCAAUUACGCGGCCGGGCUUGGCUUUGUUCAACAGUGCAGUCCAAUGAAAGCGAUCCUUUUAAUUGCUUACAAACACUUCAGUAAAGAACUUAUACUGCUAGAUAGCAAUAAUGGCAUAGGCCGGGAAAGUAUAUGUAUUUAAAUAUAUAUUUUGAAAUUUUAUACGUUGAGGAAACUUUUAUGAAUUAGUCUUUACGAUGUAUAUUUAUUGACGCUGUACAAAUUUUACCGCUAGCACCAUAAUUUAAGUCAUUUUCUGAAACUCUAUUUCGUUUUUAAUUCGCUGGUGCUGCGAAAAUGUUGUGAAAGGUUAAGUUAUCCAAAACACCGCAUAAGAAUGAAAACCAGUUUUCUCAAUUUCCAGAUUUGUAAUGAAUUGUGCUUAAAUAGACGAGAAGUUUUAAUAAACUGAAGCUCAAGUAAAACAG